GGUUUGGCCAGACCUCUUGUGAUUAGUCAGACCUGGGGAGAUGCAUGGGUCCAUUUUGGUGCUGGAUUAGAGACCAGAGAGAAGAUGGAGGGACAACAGCCAGCAGAUGCAGGAGCUGGAAAAGGCCCUCCAGCUGCUCAGCCUUGGAGCUAUGGAAAGAAUGGGGCAAGUCCUGGGCAGAAGGGCCAAGAGGAAGAAGCCAGCAGUUCAGAGGUCCAAAGUUGUGACUUUAGCAAAGUGCAGUUCCAGGGGGGGAAGAGUCCCCGAGAUGUUUGCACUCAGCUUCACCACCUUUGCUGUCAAUGGCUGCAGCCAGAAAGACACACCAAGGCUCAGAUGCUGGACUUGGUGCUCCUGGAGCAGUUCCUGGCUGUCCUUCCCCCAGAGAUGGAGAAAUGGGUGAGGGAGUGUGGAGCGGAGACCAGUUCCCAGGCGGUGGCCCUGGCCGAAGGCUUCCUCCUGACCCAGGAGUCUGAGAAGAUGCAAGAAGAGUUGCAGUCUUUGCAAGCUAUCACCGAGUAUCCCCAGGGGUGGAAAGAUUCAUCGAAAUCCUCUCAAGAGCUGCUAUUCAGGGAGAUCUCCCAGGAAGGUCAAAGUCAGGACAUUGCACCAGAGAAUAGAAAGCUGUCCUUAGUAUUUUUAGAACGACCUUCUCUUUGUGAUAGAGCUGAAAGAGUGGCUGAACCUCUGCCUCAGGGUGGUGUGUCUUUUGAGGAAGUGGCCGUGCAUUUCUCCGAGGAGGAGUGGUCUCAACUGGAUCCUGCCCAAAAAGCUCUCCAUGGGGAAGUCAUGCUGGAGAAUUCCAGAAAUCUGGCCUCUCUGGGUAAGAACCUCUGUGCUCAGAAAUGUAGAGAAGGCAUGG